AUGCUGGUUGCCUGCGCCCUUUUCUCCAAGACCUGGAUUGAGGUCUCUGGUUCUGCCCCCCGUGACGUUGCCAAGCAGCUCAAGGACCAGGGUCUCGUUAUGUCCGGUCACCGUGAGCAGAGCAUGUACAAGGAGCUCAAGCGUGUUAUCCCCACUGCUGCUGCCUUCGGCGGUGCCUGCAUUGGUGCUCUUUCCGUUGCCUCUGACCUUCUUGGUGCCCUCGGCAGUGGUACCGGUAUCCUGCUUGCUGUGACUAUCAUCUACGGCUACUUCGAGAUUGCCGCCCGUGAGGGCGACAUCGGCGCUGGCCUGAAGGGCCUCGUCCCUGGCAGCUAA